UUUAAUUAAUUUUUUUUUUCACCUUUUAAACCGUUUGUUGACAGACACUACCAACCGAUUCCCUUUCUCUCUCUUUCUCUCUGUCUCAUACACAGAGGAAAAAUUAUAUAUAUAUAUAUAUAAUGUAUAAAUAUUAUUGAUUUUAUACGAAAAAAAAAAAAUAGGUGAUUAAAAUGGGAAUUGAUAAAUUAAAGACGUAAAUAAUAAACCCAGAAAAAAAAAAAAAAACAUUCUUCAACAUUCUUCAAUCUCUUCCUUCCUCUACCAGAGGAGAAGUCAAAGGAAUGCGAUUCUAGGGUUUUUAUGCGCUUAAGAUUGCUCUGACGGCUUCAACAGGUUUCUUUUUUUAUUUUUAUUUUUUGAUUUUUUAUUUUUUUGUCGGCUUCUUUGUUAUACGAAGGAGACGGGUUGGAAUAAAGAGAGUUAGGGUUUGAUUGGAGGUGAUUGGGUCUAGCAUUGUUUUGCUGUUGUGAUUAUGUUUGUAUUAGAGUUCGUUUUUGAUCGUUUUCACGGUAUUUAGAGUGAUGGGUUUGGAGUGAUGGGUUUGCGGUAGUUUGAGAAAAAAGAGAAAAAAUUGAUUUAGUCGAGAUGGGAUCGUGUGAGGAUUCUGUUACCUUGGAGGAACCUCCUUCGUGCCUGUCCAAUGCUGAGCAGAAUUUAUGCUUGGAGUUUUCGAGGCUAUCUGGUCCCCAGCAGCAGUCGUGCUCAGAGCUUUGUAACCCUUUAAUUGAUCCUAUUGUUGACCCAACAGGUGGGCCUGAUCAGUGUUCGGAGAUAUAUGAGAAUGAUAAUACCGGUUGUUCGAGUUCUAGUGAUGUUACAGUCAAUAGAGAUGGGAUGGUGGGUGGGAAUGAAAAUGCAGAUGUUUUGGCAGUGGAGAAUAUGUUGAAAAAUCAAUGUGGGGAUGGUGGGGAUUGUUUGAAUGAGAAUCGGGGUGACAAUGAUAUUUGCAAUAUGGAAAAUGCUGCUUUGGAAUGCUUGAAGGAUGAUGGGCUUCAAAUUGAGGAUGGUUUGACAUGUUUAUCAGUGCAAUGUGAGCUUCCUUCGGCUGUUACUGAUUCACCAAGAAUUUGUGAUCAACAGGAUGGGGAUUGUUUGAAUGAUAAUAGGAGUGACAAUGAUGUUUACAAUAUGGAAAGUGCUGGGGAGUGCUUGAAGGAUGACAGACUUCAAAUUGAGGAUGGCUUGACAAGUUUAUUGGUGCACUGUGAGCUUCCCUUGGAAGCUUCAGCAAUGACUGGUUCACAAAGAAUUUAUGAUCAACAGGAUGGGGAUUGUUGGAAUGAUAAUCGAAGUGACAGUGAUAUUUGCAAUGUGGAAAGUGCUGGGGAGUGCUUGAAGGAUGAUGGGCUUCAAGUUGAGAAUGGUUUGACAAGUUCACCAGUUUGCUGUGAGCUUCCCUUGGAAGCUUCAGCUGUGACUGGUUCACCAAAAAUUUGUGGUCAACAGGAUGAGGAGGAAAAUAAAGGUAGUAGUUGUCUCUGUGGUGAAGAAGGGGUCAUCGAAAAGAAAGCUGAUGUUUUAGCAGGGUUAAAGACCGAUUUGUGUGAGCAAGUAUCACCGUUGCAGGUCUGUGAAACACCUUUGGAAUCAGUAUCCAGUGAUACUGUUCAACAAAAUAAGCAGGAUUUUAAGAGCAUUGAUCAUCCCUCUGAAAAUUUGUAUGGGAAAAUUGUUGUUUCAGAUGCUGGGAUUGAAGCUGACGUCUUCAAUGACAUGUCGUUUUUAAAUAUUGGUGAAAUGCCUUCAGAAGUACAUACAGUUGAAGAAAUGAAUGAUUGUAAUGGGAAGAAUGAUCAGAAGGAUGACCAUGAUAUUGGUCUCUUUGUUGAAAGAGUUGCAGAGGUUGAUGGAAUUAAGAGUAACCUUGAUGCAUGCAUCCAAAUAUCAUCUUCAUCAAGUUGCCAGGAAAGCUUGGAAAAUUUAUAUAUGUCUGAGUGCCUGAGCUUUUCUGCCCUACAGAAUGAGCAGAUGAAUGAUAAUAGUAGUCCCUCAGCCAAAAAGGAUAUAGUGACUGUGGGGGAGAAAAUUGAUUUUACAACUGAUGUAAAAGAUGAAAUUGACACCCAGAUAUUACCUCUGGAAAAAAACACUUGCAACUUUACAGAAGGUUCUUCUGGUGUAGCUUCUGACUGUAUUGUUGAGAACUCCAUUUCUCCAAAGUCUUGUCAACCCUUGGUUAUUGUCAAUACUGAUUCACCUAGGAUGUUAAAUAUACAUGAUCAACUUGGGAAUGAUGUUUCUGGUCCUACUGAUUCUUGCAAUGCAGUUGACUGUUGUCAACCAGCAGAUAAUGAAGUAAAAGAUAGUUUGAAAGUUGAUUUUGUUGUUGAGAACAAAUGUUGUGAUGUUGUGUCAUCAUCCUCUCGAAGAAGUAGUCAAAGAGGUAAAGCAAAACGUAAGACCAAGACGAAAAAGGCCGCAAGGAAAUGCAGGAGUACAGAUAAAGCGUCAACCUCUCAAGGAAGUAUCAAGCUUUGCCUAACUGCUAGAAAGAAGAGAAGCUCUCUGUCCAAACCAGCUAGAUCAUCUAUCUGGGGAUUGUUGGGAAAUAUUACACAACUUUUUGAGAACUGUAAUGGGCUUGAGUUGAUUCAAGUUCAUAAUCGAGGUUUGCAGAAAUCAAAGGGUGGCAAAAAAAUUAGAAAGUGGAAUAAGAGUGGAGGGGCUGGUGGAAGUUCUAAUACAAAAUGUUCUACUCCGACUAAUGGUUUACGUUUGAAGGUUAAAAUGGGGAAAGUUGGUCAAAAUUGUAUUAGCUUCACAGUUCCUGAGGUUGUCCAUACCUUACCAUUUGGUACUGCUAUUAGUGGUGAAUGUAGAACUGAGUCCUGCCCAAGGAAUGGCUUGGGAUCUCCAAAGUUAGUCAGCUCUAUUGAUGAUGAAUUGAGGAAUGGUGAAACUGUUAGGCAGUUGAAGUUUUUCACCAACGAGCAAGAGAAGGAAAAGAAUUGUGCAGAUGCUUCAAUUCUCGAUGCUCAACUUGCUAAUAGGGACUUGGAAGGCAAUGUGAUUACAGAGAAGCUAGCUGGAGAUUUGAGGGCCAAUUUUGUAGUGGGUGAAGAAGCAUCAGGAAUACUAAGUGAUAGUAGGUGUAAAGAUCCUGGGACCUCCCCUGAUUCAGAAGUUAUCGACUUGAUUCCAAAUGUCCAUGUUGAUUUGAGACCUAAUGAAGAUUUACACGCUACAGUUUUGACUCCUCCCAAUGAUUUUGUUGCACCUGUAGAUCUUACCAGCAGUAAGAGAGGAAAGAAGAAAAAUAAGGUUUCAGGUGCAGGUAAUUGCAUUGUGGAAGAUGGAUCACCGUGCCCUGUUAGAAUAAACAAAAGUAAGCCAUCAAAGCGACGUGGAAAAAGACAGAAUUCUAGUGAUGGCAUUUGCUCCACGGAGACUCUUACGUCAUCUGCUAGUGCAAAUGCUUCAAGCAACUCAUCAAGUAACAAGGAGAUAUCUAAGGAAUCAUUGCAUUUGUCAGGAGAGACUGAACUUGGUGUUUCUGCAGAGGCAUCUAAAAUAGAAAGCAGUACAGAAGCUAAAACACAAUGCAACCUAGAUGCUAGCCUUGGGUUGUCAAAGUCACAGAAGUCUAAGAAUUCUCUUUCCGCUGCUAAAACCAAGGGACGUGCAAUUCCUAAGAGCAGGUCCAAAGGCUCUGUCUCAGGAAGUAAGCGAGUGAAUGCCCGCAGAAAAAAGGAAACCCAAAGGAGGUCUGUUAGUAAGAAGAAAACCAAGGAGAAAACUGCUUGUGAUCAGGUUGUUGGCAAAGUGGAAAGUGACCUAGAAGAAGGAAAUUGCUUUGUAGAUGACACUGGAAAAACACACUCUGACAGCAAUAUUGCAUCUGGUGGUCCUGUUGAGCAAUAUUUGCCCCCAAAUAAUGCUUGGGCACGCUGCGAUGAUUGUCUUAAAUGGCGGCGUAUACCUGCUGAACUUGCCGAUUCUAUUGAAGAAACUAAAUGCACAUGGACCUGCAAGGACAACAUGGAUAAAGCCUUUGCUUGUUGCUCAAUCCCUCAAGAGAAGUCAAAUGCUGAAAUUAAUGCAGAGUUGGAACUAUCAGAUGCCUCAGGUGAAGAAGAUGCUUCUGGAACCCGAUUAAAUCAAAAGGGGUUGGAAUGCAGGCGUCCAACAUUUUCACAAGAGAAUGUCAUACGUAUCAGAACUAAUCAGUUCCUACACCGUAGUCGUAAAACGCAGACUAUUGAUGAGAUAAUGGUCUGCCAUUGCAAACGACCUUCUGAUGGCUCAUUUGGUUGUGGAGAUGACUGCCUGAAUCGUGUGCUUAACAUUGAAUGUGUGCAAGGAGCUUGUCCAUGUGGAGACCUCUGCUCAAAUCAACAGUUCCAAAAACGCCAGUAUGCCAAAGUGGAGAAGUAUCCAUGUGGGAAAAAGGGUCAUGGGCUCAAGUUAAGUCAGGAUAUAUCCAAAGGACAAUUUCUUAUUGAAUAUGUUGGGGAGGUGCUUGAUAUGCAUGCUUACGAGGCAAGGCAGAAAGAGUAUGCCUUGAAGGGUCAUAAGCAUUUCUACUUCAUGACAUUGAAUGGCAGUGAGGUAAUAGAUGCAUGCGUAAAGGGAAAUCUGGGACGUUUCAUCAACCAUAGUUGUGAUCCAAAUUGUCGCACGGAAAAGUGGAUGGUGAAUGGAGAAAUUUGUAUAGGACUAUUUGCACUGAGAGAUAUAAAGAAGGGUGAAGAGGUGACAUUUGACUACAAUUAUGUAAGGGUAUUUGGGGCAGCUGCCCAAAAAUGUUAUUGUGGUUCAAAUCAAUGCCGCGGUUAUAUAGGUGGUGAUCCUCUUAAUUCUGAUGUCAUUGUUCAAGAUGAUUCGGAUGAUGAAUUUCCAGAGCCUGUGAUGCUUCCUGAGGAUUGUGAAACUGAAGAUAGCUUGGAUAAUCUAAAGCCUAAAGGCAGUUCCUCCCAUGGAGUGGUAAUGCAAACAGAAAACAAACAUGGAAGGGAUAAAUCAAUAACUGCAAUUGAGAAAUUAGAAAUUACUAAAGGAAAAGAGGAUUCCAUGAAUCAAUCUACGUCUGAUAUUUCCCAUACAAAUGAUGCACUGGAGGUGAAUGAUUUACAGGGAAAAUUACCAUCUUCUGCCCAACCUUUUGAAACUUCUCAACAGGCUGAUGAUGCAACUAGUAAGCCAAUGUCUGUUCAGCAAGAGAUUACCAUAGAAGAGGAAAACAUGGAAAAGUCCUUGAGCUCUUCUCCAAGACUGGAGAUUGCUUCUCAAAUUAAAAUGGUUUCCAAAUCUUUAUCUGAUGGAGUUGAUGGUAAUAGGAAAUUGAAAUCAGAUGCUAUUGAUGAUAAGCGGGUUUCUUCUAAAGCACAUCAUAAAACGAAAACUUCCCAUUCAGCCACUUUUGUUAAGAAAGGAAAAGUUAAGCAUGUUCUCCCAAAUGCUGCCAAAGUUCAGGUGACAGCCAACAAAUCUCAGGUGCUUGCUGUCAAACCUAAAAAAUUAAUAGAAGGUGCUAGCCGUAUUGAAUCAGUUGAGGAGAAACUUAAUGAGCUACUGGAUACUGAAGGGGGAAUAAGCAAGAGGAAAGAUGCCACUAAAGGAUACUUGAAGCUUCUUCUUCUUACUGCUGCAUCAGGUGAUAGUGCCAAUGGUGAAGCAAUUCAGAGCAACCGAGAUCUUUCGAUGAUCCUUGAUGCCCUUUUAAAAACAAAAUCACGGGUGGUAUUGAUUGAUAUCCUUAACAAAAAUGGUUUGAGAAUGUUACACAACAUAAUGAAACAGUACAGACGAGACUUCAAAAAGAUACCGAUCCUCCGGAAGCUUCUCAAGGUCCUGGAGUAUUUGGCUGUGAGGGAGAUUCUAUCAACCGAACAUAUUAAUGGAGGUCCUCCCUGCCCUGGAAUGGAGAGCUUUAGGGAGUCGAUGCUAUCACUAACAGAACAUGAUGACAAACAGGUCCAUCAAAUAGCAAGAAACUUUAGAGAUAGAUGGAUCCCAAGACCUAUCAGAAAACCUAACUUUGUAGACAGGGAUGAUGGCAAGACAGAAUUUCACAGGAGUUCAAACAGCUAUAGGUUUUCUCAUAAUAACUGGCGUGAUCAGGGUGGAAGACCUACAGAAGCAAUAGACUGUGUCAAGCAGUCAACAGUUGCAACACCUGUGGUGGAUGCAGGUGUUCAGGAAGGCUGCUCUGCACCUUCUAUAGGUGAUUGCCCUACCAGUGGGACAAAAACUCGCAAGCGUAAAAGCCGAUGGGAUCAGCCUGCAGAGAUAAAACCGGAGUUAAGUUCUCUUCAACACAAGGAGCAGAAGAUGGACUCUACAUCCGUUAAACAGUUUGAAUCUAGCUCAUUGCCUGGGAUUGGUGCAGUGGCAGCAGAUUAUCAGGACAAGGUGAGCAGAGAGGAAAAAAAUUGCUCUCAUCGUGUACAUGAUCAUCAUCAGGUCAAGGAAGCCCAUAUGGCUCAUGAUGGAAGGCAUAGCAUCCCUGAGGAUAUUCCACCAGGGUUUUCAUCUCCCCUCAAGAAGGCUUUGGUUUCACCAAUUGCGCCACUGAUGGUACACAAUUCAAUGUGUCCUGAUAUGGUGAUUGGGCAGCCACAGGAGAAAUUUGUAUCUCGUUUACCUGUCUCAUAUGGAAUCCCACUUUCUAUCAUGCAGCAAUAUGGGACUCCCCAUGUAGGAAGUAUGGUUAUUGCACCUGGCAUGCCUUUCAUUCCUUUUCCACCACUACCCCCCUAUCCCCGUGAUAACAAAAACCCUUCACCUUCACUUGCUUUCAACCAUAUGACAGCUAAUGAACCUGCAGAAGAAGCACAACUAGAUGGCUGUAUUCCUGCAACUUCCCACUCUGAAGAAAGUUCUCCUAGUACAACCGGUGACAGACCAGAUGCGGAUAUUCCAUUAACGCACAAUCAAAAUACUGCUAAACGAGGAAGGGAAACCUCAUGCGAUUUGGGCAGGAGGUAUUUUAAACAGCAAAAAUGGAAUAAUUCGAAAUCAGUGCCCCCAUGGCUAAGGAAUAGGCUUGGAUGCAUGGGAAAUGCAAGAGGUGGGUCAAACGGUGUAGGCAUAGGAAAAGUAACAAAUGAGCUUAGAAGUACAUAUUGUUCAGAGGAUUUAAGCUGUAAGGCUGAAAAAGCUGGAAAUAAUUUUUAUCAGCAUUCAGAGCACCAAAAUCAACAUUGAUUUAUAGGAAGAGCAACUGAUUUUCUUUAUACUUUGAUGUAUCCCCAAUUCUUUGUUUCUGGGUUUACAAUUCUCAAUGAAAAUUAAUUUAAUAUCCAAA